UUGGCCACGAUUUUCGUAAUCGAAGUCCGCCAAUGCCCUAAGUGGUUUAUCUGGCCGAACCGCAAUCGCCGCAAUGAUGAUGAAGUCGAUGAGAACCAUAACAAGAAUGACUAUCAACAGCCGGUCUAUAGCAAUCAGAAUCCAUUUGCAACCUAUUCGUCGACGCAAAACGGCUACGGCGCAAUUCGCCGAAAUGUUUUGCGUGGCUCAAAACGCAUGCAACUAGAGAAAGAAGGAGUACAUGGCCGUACGGCGUCUGAACCAGCCAGACGGCUUUCGUCGAAAAAGGACAAAGCCGUUACCGAACCGAUUCAAUCCGGUAGUCCGUCUAAUACGUUCAAAAUCCUGUCAAUCGCCAAGAAGUGGGAAAGUUUUGACGCGACGGACGACGAAUCUGAAGAGGUGGUAGUGAGCUCAUGCACCCAGAUCAAUCUGACGGAUGUAACGGAACGCAGGUGGACGGCCAAUUAG